CUCUUUUCCUUGUCCGAUUAAGCCAAAACAGACGACAGAAUUUCCUCUAUCGACAUUGUUGGAGCUGGGAGAGCUUCACAUGGCGACCUCCAUUUCAACUUCAGCUUAUCCUCUACUCACCUCAGACCGCUCCAAUCGCUUGCCUGCAAAUGAUUCUUCUUCAUCCAGAUUCUCUUCCUCCUCCUCUCUACACCUACCGCUUCAGCUUCGACGUGUCCGACUUGGAAACACUCGGAUUUCAGCUCCGUCGCGAUCUCGAUCCUUUCCUGUGGUCAAAGCGAAGAACCAAACAUUUUCUUCCUUUGAUGAUCUACUGGCCAACUCUGACAAACCUGUGUUAGUCGACUUCUAUGCAACCUGGUGUGGUCCUUGUCAGUUCAUGGUUCCUAUUCUUGAACAAGUUAGUGCGGCACUGAUUGACAAAGUCCAGGUGAUCAAGAUUGACACUGAAAAAUAUCCUGCGAUUGCUGAUAAAUACAGAAUAGAGGCAUUGCCUACAUUCAUCCUCUUCAAAGAUGGAAAACCCCUUGACCGAUUCGAAGGAGCUUUGGCUGCGCGUGAACUCAUCCAACGCAUUGAAGAUUCUCUGAAGGUUAAGCAAUAACAGGGGGGAGAUCUGACUGAGAAAACAUGGAAAUGGAAAUCAAUGUUCGACAGGAAAACUCUGGGUAAUUGUAGAUCACUGUGUAAACUUGUAUCUAAUUGAAAUAUUUGAAGAAUGUAACUAUAGACGUUCGUAUUAAUCACAAUUUUUAUUUAUUUUAUUUUCAUAAGAUGCUUAAUGUUCAUGAUAAA